GCGAACGAAGAAGAAAGAGGAUACGUCGCGAGGAACGAAGUACGACUGAGAAUGCGUCCGAGUCUGUUCCGUGAGUGUAUGUGAGUGACUGAAUCGGAACUGCUACGAGAGAUGCAGUGUGCGGGUCUUUCGCUCGACUACGUUACGAAUCCGUCGACGGGGAGCUGCUCGAUGCUGCCUGUUCUCGUGCCUCGUUCCUCUUUCGCGAGGAGACGAGGGAGGGAGCGAACGCGUUCGAAUUCGAAUUUGAGAUCAAGGUCGUUGUCACAGGCAGCUCGCGUGUGUACACGGAACUUUGCUUUUCCGUGCGGACUCUGCGCGUCGGCACACACAAAAAUUCGUCGAGCAGCGCACCGGUGCUUAGAUACGGGUGGAUCGUCCGGAGAACUCUCCUUGUACACUGUGUUCCGUUGGCACCGCCUACGAUCGUCUUUGUAGGUAUCACCGCGAAUGGCCGUAAGAAAUACGGCCAGUCGUUGACGCGAACCAAACGGACCGUCGAACGUAAUUGUUUUGGACUGGCGUGCCAGCAGGGGGACCGACGGUCGACGAAUUUUACCGACGGAGCCCGCGGAGCGCUCGCGUUUGUGAAAGUGAUAUUAGGAAGACAACAGCAGAGCGUCCUUGUAACGCGGUCAGGAUCGAAGUACGAAGAGAGAGCCCUUGGGGUUUUGUGUGCACGACGGAUAGAGCAAUGGAUGUCAGCGAGAGAGAGAGUGAGAGAGAAAGAGAAAUCGAGGGAGAGAGUGAGAGAGAGAGAAUGACAUAUAGUAGUGGGGAAUUCGAUCGAAACAAUGCAGUACAGGAGCCCGCUUGGUAACCGCUUGAUCGACGCGCACGGAUUGUUAGAAGUGCAAGGGCAAUGGCAGCGGUGUAUAAGUCAUUCGAUGCGUCAUCUUCCACUGUCGCUCCACGACGCUCUAUUUACGACGAGCGCCAAGGAACAACGUUUGCCUGGACGUUUUCACGUCGAACGUCAAUUGUGCAAUGUCGCUAAUUCGCGAAUGGCGCUGAAGAGCAAGACGGUCAGUAUGCUGGGCAAGUUGGCAAACUAUUUUCUCGGAGGUGAUAUCUCAGGGGCGCAAGAUGCACGGGAAGAGUCCAAUAACGAAACCCCGGAGUCCCUUCCAGUAAUGUCGAGGCUCAGUCAGGUGGAGGUUGAGGGCGAUGGCUGGAUCCUCAUUGACCGUAUUGUUGAGGGCGCGGCGACGCUGGAGGAAUCGUGGUACGUAACGCCACCCGCAUGUUUCACACGGGCGGGACCCGUAAACGUGGAAACAUCACCGUUGGAGAACCUGCUCAUCGAGCAUCCCAGCAUGUCCGUAUACCGAGCCACAGCGUUCCUGGUCGCCCCCGACACUCCACCGCCCACACCGGACGCGCCGGAGGACCGGGACGCGGAGGAUGUCGUUUUACCUCCCGUCGUAUCCGGCGCGCAAGCGGCAGCCUCGGCGGAACACACCCAGGUGACAAGUCCCGUGAACGAUCGGGAAGUACGCAGGCCCUCCAUUCACGACGGAAGACCCACAGUCAGUCGUGCACGCACCGAGAAGAGGACGGACCAGAGUCGGUCGGCGCAAAAGGUCCUCGAGAAGAGGUCUACCCAAUCGUGGAAACGGGGCCGUUUGGAGAGGAGCAAUAAGCUGACCGAGGUGUUUAGCGUAAAAGGCAGACGACCCCGUCGCCAAGACCGUUUGCGCGUCCAGAACAGUGGCGCGAACAACAACCGGAAAUGCUAGUCAUUCUAUCUCGGGCCAAGGUGUACUCAAGUACCUUCUUCCUAAGGCAAA